GUAUUGCGUGUGGCAUAGUUAAUCAUUCACCUUGUACAAUAAACUACAAGACUAAUUUUAUUUUACGAAAAGUGGAUAUGGUGUCCUUAACCUCUGGGUACAGAAAUAUUGUAUUAUUGAAGAAAAUUACACAAGAUCUAAACGUCAUUUAAGUAAUUAUUUUUUUAAGCGUUUUUAUAAGCAACGUUUCCUAUUGACAUUAUGUAAUUAAACAUCUAGAAUUUGAAGGCGCAUUUUACUAAAUUAUAAUUUUAAAUAGAAAAAAAUUUAAUGUAUCGUUACACCGUUGCAGAGACAAUUAAGUUUUAGGAGGGUUUAUUAUGUAGGAAUCAAAAUUGUAGUUUUACGAAUCGGACAAUAACCGAAUGCGAACGAAAUGAUUCGAUUUUUAAAAGAGUUGACAACAAUUGUAUUACAUAAUAUCUGUAAUAGUGAUAUAACUCAUUGAGUAAAUUAGAGAACUAUAAAAUGUACAUUGUUGUCAUUAUGUAUUAUUAUAGUUCUGCGCGGUAAAUACGUGAACAUCAUACCACUAUGUAUAUAUUAUUGAUCGGUCCAGGGCCGAGGAAAUCGGCAGCGCGUGCGAUGGUCAAAGGAGGGGGUGCAAGAUAAUGCCGCGCUAUAGUCGGCGUUGGCAAAAGUUCGGCUCAGUGUUGACGGAACGUCUGGCGCAGGCACUACGGGUCCCGUCGACCAUGAGCAGCCAGGGCGUCGUAGAACGUGCCAGCGCCGAGUUGUCCAAGCGCAUCAACGGCCUAACGUUACGAGCGGCUAACAAGCCGUCUUCGGCCGCAGCUACAGCAGCUGCGACCUGUUCGCCUUCUCGAACUGCUCGGACCGGAACUAGUGUGAUGGAGCGCGUCACUAAUGUAUUGUGUGGCACUAGUGCUAGUGUUCAAUACCCACGGUUCCGUGGCCGGACACCGGUCAGAAAUCGUGCCGCAGCUUAUCGCAUCAAACGUCCGGUCACGUGGUCAGAAUUAAUGCGCGAUGAACAGUUUCUCAAUGGAUUUUUCUUAUAUUUUUCGGCUUCGGAACGUAUUCCUUUGACUCGCGUCUGUUCACGGUGGCGUGAUGUAUUGUAUAGAUCACCUAAGUUUUGGUACAACGUUCGACCGGUAAUCAGAUGCAAACAACUCCGAGCAUACAACUAUGCGGACAAGGCGGCUAUUUUCAAGUCAUUCGCAGCUAGAGAAAUAACGGCUGUGACUAUUUACGGUGCCCAAGAUCAGGACACAGUAGAAUUUGUCAACACGUACCCGUUUCCCAGCAAAAACAUCUUAUCACUGUGUCUCCAAUCGUCAAGUGUCACUGAUAGAGGAUUGGAAUCCUUCUUAGAUCAUUUACAAGGUGUUUGGCAGUUGGAAUUAAUCGGAUGUAAUGAAAUCACAGAAGCUGGUCUGUGGGCUUGUUUGACACCACGGAUAGUGUCGCUUACCCUAAGCGAUUGUAUAAAUGUGGCUGAUGAUGCAGUCGGAGCUGUAGCUCAAAUGUUACCUGCUCUGAACGAGUUUACACUUCAAGCAUACCAUGUCACUGAUGCCGCCCUAGGAUUUUUCUCUUCGAGGCAGUCAAAUAGUUUAUCAGCUCUCAGACUUCAAUCGUGUUGGGAGUUGACCAAUCAUGGUAUUGUAAAUAUAGGGACACGUGAUUCAACUUUGCAAAGUAAUCACUACCCCAAACAUUUCAAUACAGUAAAGCAGAGCGCGUGCAAUGAAAUUUGCCAUAUCAAUACACAAAAUACAUAAAAUCAGUUAGCGCAAAUGAAUUAAAAAUAGACAGGUGAUUUUUUUUUGAAACAUAAAAAUUAUUUUAAUUAAAAAUGUUUAAUAUAUUAUUAUAUGGAAAUAUUCACAUAAUAAUAUCACAUAAUAAUUUCAUUUAAAUUGAUGUAUGAAAAUCAAAAAAUUUGCUGCUAUUAAAAAAUAUUAGCUUCGAUGCGAAGCUGAGAAGGUAUUGAUUUUACUAUGAUGUGUUUUUUUUUUUUUUUUUAUGUCUGUUGCCACCUUUCUUAGCUCUUACUGGACCGAUUUCUUUUAACAAUACAUUAAAAGAUCACAAAUCGUAUCUAGUUGAAGACAUUACCCUUAAAAAUUGAAAAAAAUUCCCUCGUUCCCAGAAAAUGGGGGAAAUAUCCAAAAAAAUUACAAAUUUAAAAAUCGGUAAAUUUUGUCAUUUUUUUCACUUUUUUUUCUUAAACCUUCCAUAACUUUUUGAAAAAUAAACAAAUCAACAAAACUUUUUUUUAUACUAAAACCUUAGAUAUUUUCCUUUCAUUUGAUAUCAUUUUUUUGAAAAUCUAACACUUAACCUGCUCAUUGGGGGGGAUUUAAAAUAGCAACUUUUUUACAAAAAUUAACUGUUUCAAUUUAAUUUUUGAAAAUGUUCCGGAAAUACUGCGUUCUUUAAACAUAUAUCAAAUUAAAGCUUAUUUUAUGUACUAUAAAAUGAAAAAAAAAAUUUGUCCCAACACUUUAUCUUCUACAUUUAAACGGCUGCCGUAGUUAAAAAAAACACUAUUUUUUGUUAAAAUUUUCGAUUUUAAAUUUUCAACUUAAAAAUGCUAUAACUUUUUGAAAAAUGUAUAUAUCAGCACAAAUUUUUUUUUUCUAAAUACAUUAUAAGUACAUCUUUCAUUUGACAUACUUUUUAUUAAAAUUGGACAAAUUUCCCUUAUAUAGGGGCGUUCAAAACUUGAAAUAUUGUAAAAAACAUAGAUCUUUUUCAACUGAACUUUUGAAAAUGUUCCGGAAAUACUGCGUCCUUUAAACAUAUAUCAAAUCAAAGGUUAUGUUAUAUA